AUGGCGAGUCGAGGUGUCUUUCGUAUCGCUGUAGCAAGCGUUCGUGCACGAGCGAGCCUGCUUCCGCCAGCUGGAGCCUUCCCCCGCAUCGCGUUACCUCACCGAGCGACCACACCCAGCCAUCGAGGCUUUGCAUCAUCAUCAGCAGGACUACUGGCAGCUCCUACAUCCACACAAACACCCACGGCGCUUCCCUCGCAGGCAUCAGGCGCAACAGAUGCCACUAGCACAGCCACGCAAGCUCUCGCUGAGUCCGAAGUAGUGCAAGGCGGAUUCGAGUUCCUCCAACCAUGGGUGCCCGUCAUCAACAACCUCGCCGACACGAUGCAUCUCAGCGGGCCCUAUCCGCACGCACUCUCUAUCUUCAUCCUCGCCUUUGCUGUCCGAACCGUCGUCACGCUGCCCGUCACACUGUGGCAACGCGGCAAGACGCGAAAGCUGACCGAAAAGGUGCUGCCCGAGUGGGAGAUCCUGAAGGAGCAGAUUCCGUUGCAGGUGCGGGUGAGGAGCAGGAGAGCAGGUCUGUCGUACGAGGCGUUCGAGAAGGAGGCGCAGAAGGAGCUUAAGGCUAAGCUCGCCGAGCUGUUGCGCAAGCACAAUGCUUCGCCAUUGCCGGCAUUCCUCGGACCUGCGUUGGUGACCAUUCCUGUGUUCCUGCUCAUGACUGCGCUGCUGCGCCAGUGUGCCCUGGAUCCAAGUUCGCCACUGAGUACGGAGGUGCUGCCUUGGUGGUCGCCUUCGCCAGAGCUUGCGCAGCAGUUCAAGGCGAGUACGGCUAUCUUGGCGGAUCGAGGAUUCGACGAGGCCGCGAUCGCCAAGUUGAGGGGCACCAUGGGCGGACCCACACUUGUAGACAAGGAUUCCACCAUGAUCGGGCCGCUCAGCUUUGGCAUGCUCACAUUGGCAAACACAGAGCUCAACAGCUGGAGUAGGAGAAGCAUCGCCAAAUUGAGAGCUGUCACCUCGGACAGGUCGGAUGCAGCGGCAAGAACAGCAGGAAAAUUGCUGGCAGAACAACCAAAGGGAGCAAAGCAGGACGAGCCGGAAGAGCCCGCAAGAGCGAGAAUCAUCACCAAUGCGUUGCGGAUUAUGGCCAUCGCCUUCAUUCCGAUUGCGUGUCAAGCACCAGGAGUGCUCGUCAUCUACUGGCUCUCAUCAGGUAUCUAUACCCUGAUCCAGAACUCGGUCCUCGCUGUCUUUGAUCGCCGCUCCGAAGCCCUGAGGGCGAAAAACAAGCAGCGGCUUCUCCAGCAGCCGCGCUAG